UUCCUUGUUGAACGCUAACACCGAGACGGUGGUCUUGUCUAGCGAGUGCUAGUUAGCCGCUCAGCACCCAACCCCCCUUUGCUCAUGGCUUCAUUGCACCCACAUCGAACUGAACCACUUUCGCGUGGUGUUGCACUGGCACAUCCUGGCGAGUCCCUCGCUAGUUACGAUCAUUUAAGACGCCGGUUUUUCAUAGGACCCAUGCCGGAGAAAGAUGCCUCGAAAGAUGCCUCACAAACAAACAUAGAUUCAUCCAACAGAAAGGUCACAGAUCAAAUUUCAAGUUGGCUGCAUUCACGCGCUAGAGGAAGCGACGGGGACGACGAAUCGUCCACCUCGUUCCUGCAAAAUCAUGCAUACCACCGUUUCCUUCACCGAGGUGGGAGAAAGGAAGAGUGGGGACAGCAAGCUGAGGCGGAUGAGCGACAAAAUAUAUGGGACCGGUGGCAAGAAAGCGAAUGGGGCGGAUCUAUGAGACAUCGCAAAAAGGACGCCGGUACUACUACGCAACGUUGGGUAGGGGGGAGCUUCGAAAUCGGGAAUGUUUUAGGUGUAAACAUUCUCGACAGCCCCCCGGCAUCACUUCUACAGGUUAAUCAAACUUGUCCCGAUGUUCAAACCGAUGGUCCCUCCACGAUCGAGCCCCCUUCUACAGUCAGCGGCCAGUCGUUUGCCACAGCUAAGACAGAGGUUUCUCCUGGCGCAGUCCUUAACUCUCAAGCAUCCCUAUCUCCUUCUCCUUCCCCGAGCUCCGAACCCUCUUCCAGCACGGGUCUUAUUGCUGGAUUAGUUCCUGAGUACCGCUCCACUAAUGACAUUAAUGUUGCACCUCCGGGGGGCUCUCAACGACCCACUAUUUUAAAGGGAAAGAAGUCUUCAGCACACAUUAACACAAACAAACGAAAGACAUCGUUCUUCAUUGGUGGUCGUAUAACCACCCCAGCAGACUUGGACUCUCAGUCUGCUCCAGUUGGCCUAGACAAGGGGAAGGGUAGAAGUUUUGACCAUACAAACGAGGGGACUUCCUCGAGCUUGCAGCUCCAAAAUGAUGUCAACGAUAUCCCUGCACCUCCUGCGGCUGUCCUUGCAAGAAGCGGAAGCGACGUGGAUGAAACCAGUGCAGAAGUUACCUUGGAUGAGACUCCCUUACCUCAACAAUCUCAGAGUCAGCGAGGAAAUAUCAUACUCCGGGACCGAAUGCUCGUCAGAGUUAGCUACACAAAAUCAGAGUCAAUACUUCGCCACUUUGAUGAAGUUCAGAAUCGCAUGACUCCCAAUCUUAGAUACGAGGACUGGGCUGAAUUUCUGGUGGUCUGGCGAGGAGAGCGGCUUGAAAUUUACGAAGACUAUACCUUGCCAGGGAAAGAGCACAUCAUUGGACAUAAACAUCUCGCAUUCAUAAUACCUCUCAAAUCUCAACGAACACAUUCAUCACUAUAUUCCUUCACCGAUUUCACUUUCUGUAUCUCGUGUCCACCCACGCCUGUCCAUAACAACCAAUCGAAAGCCCGAGCAUUAUUUGACCGCGCACCUGAAGGGACGAAUGUGUUCGUUUUCAAAACAAAAUGCCGUACAAGGGGCAUGGACUGGUGCUGGCAGUUAUGGCGUCAUCUGGGCGGCAAAAUACCUGCUUCUAUUGAACUUCGGUGUCCGGCCAUCGGUACACGCGUGGAUUUGGAUAUUCCUGUCGUCGACGCCGAUAAUAUUGACAAGGCCUAUCACAUGUUCAGCCGUAGGAAUAUCAUCGACAUCGUCCGGAAGUCUCUGGGUUCAUCUUGCGGCUCCCAUGAGGUCGCAUCUCGUGACUGGAAACACGUGGUAGAACGUGAAAUUGCGGCAGGCACAACCCUCGAGUUAGCGUGGAAUUUGGGGGCAAAGCUUGACUGGGUUUGGAAGGAGGAAGACGUAAUGUGCCAGCCUAGACCGUGGGCCGUCCUCUGUGGGUUAGCGAUGCAACAGGGAACCAAACCGGCACACCUUGAGCUUCGGCUUGGCCAACACUAUCCGGCUACAAUUCACCUACCCGAUGGGACAAAGGUACACGAACCUCCAUGUGUAGAGGGGUAUCUCGAUCGCAUCAAAUCCAGCAGUCAAACUAAACAACAUAUUUACCUUACUUCUCAUGAUGGUCACCUUUUUGCCCUUUGGCCCUCAAAUUCCCACGCUCCUGUCCCUCCAAACGUUCAUUUAUCUCGUGCCCUAUCAUCACACCAUAAUGAAUCUCUAGAAUACACACGGGCUCUUCGUGAGGCCGAGGUCGCACGAGGAGCGGCUCAAAUUGCAGCCGCGUUUGAAGCUUUUGACCUGCGGAAUAUCAGGGAGAUCCGCAGGACGACCCACGAAAACAUCGUCGAUGAUGCUAGUACGCAUGCCACGGCUAAUGUAGCUGGCGGAUCUGUGGGAAACCAAGACAUUUUGAAUAGGGACGAGGAUGAUAUCGGUGGAGCUGAGGGUCUUGUGCAGGCUCGCGACAAAAAUGAACUCCGUGUCAGACGCUGCUUCGAAAUCGUCAUGAUAUCUGGGCGCGUGAUCCGAUUUGAGACAUACUCUUGCCAGACGAGCCAAGAAUGGGUCGAUCGACUGCGCGCACUUGUUGAGUACUGGGCACAGCGGCAUCAUGUUGAUGCUCGAGAUGAGAUGGAUGUAUCUUACUCUACACGCCAUCGUCCCCCCGUCACUCCCCGUAUCACUAAACAUGCGUUCUGUAAUGGGAAGGAAAGCCCGACGACACCCAUUGUGGAUGCAGAAUUCAUCCCUGAACUGAGCUCGCUGUAUCAUUGGUGCACGCUGGACAACUGUAGAAGCAUACUCAAAAGUGGCCGCGUAUUCACACGAAAGGGACUCCAGGGACAGUACAAGCUUGUGCAAUUGUUCCUAGUUGCUGGACGUCUCCUCCAAUACCAAGUCUCGCGAAAUUCAUUUCUCCGUCAUAAGAGCAGGGAGAUCAAUCUACUGGAUUCCUAUGUUUGCUCAGGAUAUCUGGCUGCUCUCGCCUUAUGGCCAAGCGAGUACAACCCUGAAACUCCCAACCUUGCCCGUCGUUACUUUGACGGAUUCGAAGCUGAUGACCCAGAAGAGGACACGCUCUUCGCUAUCUGGUACCGCAAAAGUAGGGACAGACCUACGGACAACGUGCCUUCCCUCUCAGCGAAGCACAAGGUUGUUGUCUUCAGAACAAGAAGUAGGGUUGAAAGAGAUACGUGGUGUUGGGCACUAGGCUGCGAAAUCGAGAAGCUUGUUAGGGCAAACAAAGAGAGGGAAGCGAAACUGAGAGACGCCGGAGGACUUGUGGAAAUAGACUGAUUUUUUUUUGGUGCACUACAAACUAUAUAUUGCACUCAUAUAUCAUGAAGUUGCAAGCCA